GCUGAGGCUGAAGUGGCUUUUUUGCACAGCCGAAAAGAGGAGCUGGACCGAGCCCAGGAGCGCCUGGCCACCGCCCUGCAGAAGCUGGAGGAGGCUGAGAAGGCAGCUGAUGAGAGUGAGAGAGGCAUGAAGGUCAUCGAAAACAGGGCCAUGAAAGAUGAGGAGAAGAUGGAGCUCCAGGAAAUGCAGCUGAAGGAGGCAAAGCACAUAGCAGAAGAGGCUGACCGCAAAUACGAGGAGGUCGCCCGCAAGCUGGUCGUCCUUGAGGGAGAGCUGGAGCGCUCAGAAGAGAGGGCAGAGGUGGCAGAGAGCCGAGUGAGACAGUUGGAAGAAGAGCUGCGGACCAUGGACCAGACUCUCAAAUCCCUCAUUGCCUCAGAGGAAGAGUAUUCUACCAAGGAGGACAAGUAUGAGGAGGAAAUCAAGCUUCUAGGGGAAAAACUGAAGGAGGCUGAGACCCGGGCAGAGUUUGCAGAGAGGUCUGUGGCGAAGCUGGAGAAAACCAUUGAUGAUCUAGAAGAGAGUCUGGCCAGUGCCAAAGAGGAGAACGUGGGCAUCCACCAGGUCCUGGACCAGACCUUGUUGGAGCUGAACAACCUCUGAGCUGCCCUGGGGACCCCCCAUCCCUCUUCCCUACCCCACACAUGCACCCCACUGGCACGCUCGGGACGUCAUCAGCUGAACUGCGUCUUGGCCAAAUCCACACAUCCAUUGAGAAGGGAAGCCCUGCAGCCUUAUACCAUGGCUUGGGGCUAUUUUGUCUGUGCACAGCCUGACUGGCUCUGUCCUGUCUUCAUGUCCAAAUAUUAAAGCAGUUUGACAAGA